AUGUCAGAUUUACCAGCAACCUGCAAUAAUUGCUUGGGUGAGAAUCCCUACAUCGAAAUGAUCCAGGAAAAAGAUGGUCGUGAAUGCAAAAUAUGUACUCGAGCCUUUACCAGUUUUCUUUGGUACCCGAAGAUUGGCACUUCAAUUUUCAGGCGAACUGAUAUCUGUUUAACUUGUGCAAGAGCCCGAAAUGCCUGCCAAUCUUGUUUACUAGACUUGAAAUUCGAAAUCAAUCCUGACAUGAGGGAUGAGAUUCUUGGAACUAACAAACACCUAAUGGAAUUUUCGCCUUCCACUAUAGCAGCUAACAAUAGCAAAAUUUCAAAAAUCUAUAAAGCUAACCAGCUGGAACGGAAUUUUCAGGAUGAAGAUUCUGGAAAUCUGCCGAGACAUAUUUCACCAGAACCAAAGGUUCCACAAAUACUUGAAACAGCUGAAGAGACUGUUCUAAGGUUGACUAGUUCAAAUGUCUCUCAAAAAGCGCUUUCAUCUACCAGCAAGAGUAAUGACAGAAAACAUCUGUCGACGAAAGAAUUGUUGAAGCUUUUAAAUAAGCUUCCUUUUAACGGAGAUUUGACUAUCCCAGAUGAUCCUGAUAUAAAGUCUAUGUUUCUGUUUGGAAUAACAGAUGAACUGUCUAAUUUUAGAGUGCAAGAAUACUUCAAAGAACAAUUUAAUUCCACAUUAGAGGCAACAAUUUUAAAUCACCGUGCUCGGUGUGGAUUUGUUGUAUUCGAGAGUCGUAAUUCUGCAGAGGCCGUUGCAGAAUCUAUACUAGCUGGCAAACUUCCUGAAGGCCCUAGCUUGAUUGUAAUUGAUAGAGUUCCACUCCGAGUCGCUUGGGGAAGAGUCUGCAACCUCGGGCUGAAUAAUAAGGAUCAGGCAAGGCUGGCUCAAUUGGUAAAGAAGCAGUUGUCGAUUCUUUGUAAGAACACUCAAAUUCCCAAGUCAUCGAACAAAAUUACCCCCACGAAUCCGGUGACUACGACAGUGUCAAAUCCCUUUGCUAAGCUCACUUUUUCUGGUAACGAGCUAUAA